GACUUCAUCUUCAAGAGCACGGGAGGAAGGACAUCUUUACCUUCAUUAAGAAGCCCAAACUAAACUUCAAUUUCCUCCUUCCCAAGGGCUGGAUCCUCUGAAUUCAAAGACCGUGUGAUAGCUUCUUUUGUGGCCUCUUCAGCAAUCACAGUUGGGGUCAACCCACAGUUUGAAUAAUUUAUAAAAAGGUGGUAACGCCAUGGCCAAGAAGCGGAUAGCUGUCAUUGGAGCUGGGAUCAGUGGCCUGGGAGCCAUCAAGUGUUGCUUGGAUGAAGACCUGGAGCCCACCUGCUUUGAAAGAAGUGAUGACAUCGGAGGCCUGUGGAAAUUUCAAAAAAACCCUUCAGAGAAAAUGCCCAGUAUCUAUAAAUCUGUGACCAUCAACACUUCAAAGGAGAUGAUGUGCUUCAGUGAUUUUCCCAUCCCUGACCACUUCCCCAACUACAUGCACAACUGCAAGCUCAUGGACUACUUCAGGAUGUACGCAGAGCACUUUGGCCUUCUGGAUCACAUUCGAUUUAAGACCACAGUGAGGAGUGUGAGAAAGCGUCCAGACUUCAGUGUCCAAGGACAAUGGGAUGUCAUCGUGGAGGCAGAUGGGAAACAGGAGAGCCUAGUCUUUGAUGGGAUUCUGGUCUGCAGUGGCCAUCACACAGACCCCCACCUGCCACUCAAGUCCUUCCCAGGUAUUGAGAAGUUCGAAGGCUGUUAUUUCCACAGCCGGGAAUACAAAAGUCCUGAGGAUUAUGUGGGAAAGAGAAUCAUAGUGGUUGGCAUUGGGAACUCCGGUGUGGAUAUCGCUGUGGAACUCGGUCGUGUAGCAAAACAGGUAUUUCUCAGCACCAGGCGAGGAUCAUGGAUUUUGCACCGUGUUUGGAACAAUGGCUAUCCCAUGGAUAGUUCAUUUUUCACUCGGUUCAAUAGCUUUCUCCAGAAGCUACUAAGCACAGAAGCAGUAAAUAAGUACCUAGAGAAGAUGAUGAACUCGAGAUUCAACCAUGCCCAUUAUGGUCUGCAGCCACAGCACAGGCCGCUGAGUCAGCACCCCACCGUCAGUGAUGACCUUCCGAACCACAUCAUUUCCGGGAAAGUCCAAGUGAAACCUAAUGUGAAGGAGUUCAGGGGAACAGACGUUGUUUUUGAUGAUGGCACAGUGGAGGAGAAGAUUGACGUUGUCAUCUUUGCCACAGGAUACAGCUUUUCUUUCCCAUUCCUUGAGGAUCUGAUUGCAGUUACUGACAAUGAGGUGUCCCUGUAUAAGCUGAUGUUCCCUCCAGACCUGGAGAAGCCAACACUGGCUGUCAUUGGACUCAUCCAGCCCUUGGGUAUCGUCCUACCUAUCUCAGAACUUCAGUCUCGCUGGGCUGUGCGGGUGUUCAAAGGGCUGAGCAAAUUGCCCUCAGUGAAGAUCAUGAAUGCAGACAUGGCCCAAAGGAAAAAGGCCAUGGCGAAACGGUAUGUGAAGACAGUCAGGCACACAAUCCAAGUGGACCACAUUGAGUACAUGGAUGAGAUUGCCGCUCUGGCUGGGGUGAAGCCCAACCUCUUGCUCUUAUUUCUGUCGGAUCCAUUGCUGGCCAUGGAAGUCUUCUUUGGGCCCUGUACCCCAUACCAAUACCGUUUGCAAGGUCCAGGGAAAUGGGAUGGGGCCAGGAGGGCCAUCCUAACUCAGAGAGAGCGGAUCAUCAAGCCCUUGAAGACUCGAAUUACUAGUGAGAAGAGUCACUCUGCCCCAGGUCUCUUUUGGAUAAAGAUGACACUAUUUGGCCUGGCAUUUCUGGUUAUAAGCUUAAUAUACUUUAGUUAUAUUUGUUAUGAGAAACGUAAAUGAAUGAGUGAAUUGUUUAGCAGGGAAAACAUGUACUUCUACUAAUUGUAGACUAUGGCAAAGCCUUUAGUCAGUAGCAUACAGAAAUCUCAUUUAACCCUGCUAUAGCUACAGAAAUGUUUAGAUAUACUUUAUAAGUAGUAUAGUCCUUUAAGAUGGGUGUGCAUUAACAUUUAUAAAACAUUUUGAAUGCAUAAGAAGAGUUUAUGUUUAAAACAGUCUUGAGACCUUAUUUAAAGCUGGAGAGACUUUUGCCCCCAAGUGGAACAUAACUGGUUCCACCAAGGUUGGUUAUAUUUGUGGGAAUUUAUAAAUAUUAACUCCGCACUGAUUUUAUUUUCCACUUAGUUUUUUUUUCCAUCCAACUCAUUCUGUUAACUUGUGUCAAGACAUGAAAGCUUAAGUUUAAAACAUGGAAGCUUAAAAAUAUGUCAGAAUGUUUUGUGUUUCAACUGAUUAGCACCAAUAAAAUUACUUUUCGUUUAAAUUAUGGUGUUUAAAGAGUUAAAGAAUAAAACAGAGUAUGUGUCAGAGCUGUCAAUAACCUACUUUGACUCUCAAUACUUAGAAAUAGGUCAUUGCUGUGCUGUGUUAAGGCGGAAUGGAGAUUUAACGAGCAACCAGGAGUCUCCGGCUGCUCUGUUAGUUCACCUGGCUUUCUGACCGCUCUCUCCCUGUGUGGGAUACAUGGCUUCUCAUUCCACCAACUACCAGAAAGUGUCUCCUAAGACUCCACCUCUGCCAUUUUGUUCUCCUGAUUAUAAAAUGCCAAACAACCAUGGGACAAAACUGUGAAGACCAAGUGGGGAGAGGAAGGAGCACGAGAACUUGCAUCCCAGAAGAAGCCUCACUCAGCUGAAGCAUCCCGAGGAAAGUUUGCUCACUGAGAAACAGCUUAGUUGCUCAGCAGAGUAACUCAAUUGAAAGCCCACUUGUUUUUCUGAGAUGGGAAAAAAAUGCCCACAUGCAUUCCAGGAAUGGAAAGGGGUGAAGAGAAUUCUGUGUCUCGGGACUUCCACUGCUACCCAAGAUGAUAACGUAGUCAUCUGACGCAGUUGCACUUGACCACAGGAACCAUUGACAACUGCUGGAAACUAAUUCUCAGAAGCUAAAAAUAUAAGACAGGGAACGUUGCAGAUGUGAUUGAGAUAAAUUUUAAAAAAUAUUCAUGUAGG